GAUAACCUACUGGCAUGUAUCUAAUAUGUUGUUUAUUUGGUGAUUGGUGUGUGUUUAUGGACUGUGCAGACGAUGUUUAGAAGUGGAAUGUUCAUUUCGAAAGUAAUAAUCUUAUAUAAAUGACGAAGUUUCGUUGCUUAACAUGGGAGCUAAGGACUCUAAACCGUGUUGUAUAUCAUAUGAAGACGCCGUAAAAAGAGUUACGGAUGCUGAACUUCGAAGAUUAAGAGAUGCCUUCAAACGAUCAGCAAAUUUGAAUUGUGUGAUAACAAAACCUGGCUUCAUUAAAGAUGUUUUGGGAGAAUUUGUUCCAUUAAAACUUGCUGAGUAUAUUUUCCAAGCAUGUGGAGGGACAAAUAAAGGUAUAUCAUUCAAAGACCUUCUUUGUGGCUUGGUUCUUCUGACAAGGGGUGAAGAAUGUGAAAAAGUCAAAUUUAUCUUUUGUUUGUGCUGUAAUGAAGGGGGAACUCACGUGUAUAAAGAUGACCUAAUUCGGCUUAUCCAGGCUUGUGAUAAUGGAUAUGUUCCUGAAAUUAUUGCAGAUUGUUUCUCUGAGGGUGACCGUGUCACAUUUGAUGAAUUUCGAGAUUGGUUAUUGCGUAGACGGGAUGCCACUUCGUUGACACGUUGGUUAUUAUUAGAGAGAAGUACAGUAACAUUGUCAAAUGAGUUAGAAACACCAACAUUUUAUCAAACUUUAGCUGGAGUUACUCAUUUGCAAGAAACUGACAUAAUUGAUCUAGAGAAGAGGUAUUGGAUGCUUAAACCAAAUUCAGGUAGUGGCCGCUUGGAUUUAGAAACUCUGAGACCUCUUAUCUGUCCCCCCAUUCCAGUUGUGCUAUGUGAAGGUAUAUUUAAUGCAUUUGAUGAAAAUCAAGAUGGACACAUUGACUUUAAAGAAAUGGCUUGUGGUAUAUCAGCUUGUUGUCGUGGCCCUCUAACUGAAAGACAAAAAUUCUGCUUUAAAAUUUUUGAUCAAGAUCGAGAUGGCAUUUUAUCAGAAAAUGAAGUUAAACAUAUGGUCAGUGCUCUUCUCUUUGUAAAGAAUGAAAAUAAAAAUCAAAAUAGAAAUGAAAUCAUGACACUUUUAUCAGUAUCUGAAGUCACUGAAGUUGCAAAUGAAAUAAUGGCCAAUCAUGACUCCUCACAGGCUGGAGCUUUAACUUUAGAUGAAUAUCUAUUCUGGACGGUUGGCAACAAUCUUCCUUUAGAAUUCAUGAAUGUCUUGUUUCAGGUUUGUCAUGUUGUGUUUGGUUUACGGCCAUAUUCUAAAGAGGAGGAAGGCGAGAUCAUUAGGUCUUGGAUUGAAAGAGAAGAAAGGAGAGGCAUGCAAAUAGGACAGUUUUGGUAUUUAAUUGCUAGUGAUUGGUGGAUAUCAUGGAAUGAAUACGUAGACUUUCAGGGAACUGUUUCGAGUGGUUGUUGUACACCUACCUACCCUUCCGGCAGCCUUAAGCGAAACAGCAAGAUGCAACGUCGAGUUGAUGGAAGUGUGGCACAGAUGGAUGAUGGAAGUUCAAAUGUUAUUUUAUCAAGUGUAACAAAUGUGGGAGAUGAUGUUACAUCAACAUUAUCUGAAAGUAUUAGUAAUAUUUUUAAUUCAUUGAAUGCGGAUGGUAGCACAAAUGCAUUUCCAAAUAAAAAUUUCACAGAACAGUAUGGAAAUGGAUUGUCAGUAAAGAAAACUUCUAAUUUACAACCUCCUGAGCUUGCAAAGACACCAAAUCAUUCACCAAAUGUGCAUAGGAGGAAUCUACCUCAUGUCCCGCAACGCCCGACAUCAAUUGACAACACUUCGCUUAUUGUACCUAAUACUUUAAAGGUAAUCUUUCUAACUGGAGAAGGUGGCAGACUACGAAAGAAUCCGCCUUUGAUGAGAAGCAGAGAUUACGAAUUAGUUCCUGAAGCAGUAUGGCGAGCCCUUUCACAGUGGUAUGGUGGAUCUCCCCCAUUACCAAGGCAGGUAAUUCUCCCUAGGAAUGGUAUACCUGAAUUAGAUUUAUAUCUAGUGACUUUAAAGUUGUACAGGCAUCAACCAAAUCCUGCUCGUCAAGUUGCUAAUCCCUGGACUGGUGCAGUUAGCAAUGUGGCAUCAUCUUAUGGUGGUAAUCCUCCUGUUUAUAUGAGUAAUAUUCCUGCAGUGCAUAAAAGAUAUCUAGCAUAUCUUGCAUCUUUUAGUCGUCUGGCUUCUCUUCGUUACGUAUUUGAGUUCAUUUGUAUGCGACUUCGUUUACGUCUGGAAGAGACUCGGCUAUGGCUUUAUAAAGAUGAUAGUAACCUCACACUAUUAGAAGAAGAAAACUGUACUUUAGAAGAAUUAAAUAUAGAAGACAAUGAACAAAUUUUGAUAGAAGUUCGUAACAAAGAUCAGACUUGGCCUGAAGAAAUGUCCAAUGUGAUGAAUGCAAAAUGGGAUCAAAAAAGUCAAGGUCCUACUGAAAAAGGUGCUACUGGUCUAAACAAUUUGGGUAAUACAUGCUUCAUGAAUGCUGCUCUUCAGUGUGUUAGUAAUACACGGCCAUUGACACUUUAUUUCAAUUCUAACAGACACCUCUAUGAGCUUAACAGAACCAAUCAGCAUGGUAUGAAAGGUCACAUAGCCAAACGUUAUGGAGAUCUUGUUCAAGAUUUGUGGAGUGGAACUUCAAGGACAGUAGCACCUUUAAAAUUAAGGCUGACCAUUGGUAAAUAUGCACCACGUUUUAAUGGUUUUCAACAACAUGAUUCACAGGAAUUACUUGCUUUUCUUAUUGAUGGAUUACAUGAAGAUUUAAACAGAGUUCAUGAAAAACCAUACACUGGUCUAAAAGACAGUGAUGGACGUCCAGAUGAAGAAGUUGCACAAGAGGCAUGGGAAAAUCAUGUUCGUCGAGAACGAUCAAUAAUAGUGGAUCUUUUUCAUGGCCAGCUGCAAUCAACAGUUCGAUGCAAAGUGUGUGGUCAUACCAGUGUACGCUUUGACCCUUUCAACUACCUCUCUUUGCCUUUACCCAUGGAAAGUUGCAUUCAUCUAGAAAUAGUAGUGGUUCGUUUAGAUGGCACUAAACCUGUAAAAUAUGGCCUUCAACUUAACCAUGAUGAUAAAUAUUUGACACUUAAACAAGAGUUAGGAAAGCUUUGUGGUUUGAGUGCUCAACAAUUACUUGUGGCUGAAGUAUCUGAUGCUACUUUUAAGAGCAUUCCAUCUGAUGAUCAAAGGAUAAGAAUUGUUGCUGGCAACAGUUUUUUUGCAUAUGAACUUUACACUCCAAGAGAUUUUGCCUCUGAAGAUGAGAUUAGGCAUCCCAGAGAAACUCACACCUUAACACAGAUACAAAGAAUGACUUUAACAGUAGAAUCUUCUCCGCCAAAAAUCACAGAUCUGAAUUCCAAAAAGCUUCCUGCAGUAGCUGUAAAUGGAGAUGUUCCUAAAUUAUCUGAAGAUCAAGAAUCUGGAGAUGGAACAGGAAAAGCAGUUUUCUCUCUGGGAGAUUCUGAUAAUGACAGCAUUGGCUCUCAGGGAGGUCAGAUAAAUAGUCCUCCAGUGCAACAACCUUUGGGACCAUGGAUUCUUGGUGGAGGUCCUAGUUAUCCUUCAAGCAUGUCAUCCAGCAUGAUUAGCAAUUCCUCUACAGGCGAAUUGUCUUCUGACUUUUAUUUAAAAAACUUUGUUAUUGCUUACCAUAGAAAAAUGAUUCGCCAAGAUGUGUAUUUCCUCUCCAGUCAAAAAUGUCGACCUACACUUUUUGGACUGCCUUUAAUUCUUCCCUGCCAUGAAAUGACAACUAAUCAAGAUCUUUACCAAGCGGUAUGGAUACAGGUUUCCAGAUUAGUUUCACCAUUACCACCUUCUGAGGCAGCUGUAUCUAAUCAUGCUCUUGAUUGUGAUGACAGUUUAGGUUAUGAAUAUCCUUUUACAUUAAAAGCAGUACAGAAGAAUGGCUUCUUAUGUGCACAUUGCCCGUGGUAUCGGUUUUGUAGAGGCUGUAAAAUUGAGUGUUGUGAUGCAGAUUUCAAUUUCAGUUGCACUGUGAUUGCAAUAGAUUGGGAUCCCACUGCUUUGCAUCUGCGUUACCAGACUUCUCUUGAAAGAGAUUUUGCAGAUCAUGAAAGUGUGGAAGCUACCAGGCGACUUCAAACAGAACCUAUCAAUCUGCAUGAUUGUCUGGAAGCUUUCACAAAAGAAGAGCAGUUGGGUGAGGCAGAAAAGUAUUACUGUUCUAAAUGUAAAGAACAUCAGUUAGCUUCAAAGAAAUUAAAUAUUUGGAGAUUACCUCCUAUUUUAAUUGUGCACUUAAAAAGAUUCCAGCUGCUACAUGGACGAUGGGUAAAAUCCCACAAAAUUGUAAAAUUUCCCUUCGAAAACUUUGAUCCUACGGACUAUCUCGCUCGAGUACCUAGAGAUACGAUCCUAGAAGCACAUAGAAGAAAAGCUGCUCUAUCCUGUGACUCAUUGUUAUCCGAUUGUAAAAAAGUAAAAGAACAAUGCUUAAGGGUCGAUUCUAACCAUUUGGACCAUAAUGAUAACUCUUGUGCUAAUACAGUAGAAAAAUCUCGAAAUCAAAAUGACCAAAGUGUUCCUAGUCAAAACAUAUUAAGAAGUGAUAAUUUAUUGAAUGAAGAAUACACAUGCGAAUCCAUGUCAAAUUGCAAUGGCAUAGAACGAAGCAAAUCCUUCUUUUCUGAAUUGAGAUCUGAUCUUCAAGAUUUUCAUCAACACAAGUUAUCAGGAGGCACAGAUCCAUUUUCUCUGAAGUAUAAGUUAUAUGCAUUGGCAUGUCAUUCUGGCAUCUUAGGUGGAGGACACUAUGUGUGCUAUGCAUGUAAUCCAAACAAGAAAUGGUAUUGUUAUAAUGACAGCAGUUGUAAGGAAGUACAACUAGAUCAAAUUGACAUGGACUCUGCAUAUAUGCUGUUCUACGAGAGAGAAGGAAUGGAUUAUUUGCAGUACAUGCCGGAUGUUAAAGGUAAAAUACCGGAUACAAGUGACAUCGAUGCAGAAUUUGAGACAGAUUUCCGCAAAAUGUGUAGUCUUUCAUGAAUUGAGCUUGCUUCUUUAGAAUGGAACAUAAACAAGUGUAAAUAUGAACUCAGAAAUUGAUAUGUAAACCUUUGCAACGUACCCCUUCAGGAAGUAAGAAUCAACUGAGUGGUUUUUCUCCCUUUAACUUGUGUGUGAUUGAAAUGAAACCUAGUCUUACAAACAACUGUACCAUCCAUCUGGAAUGACAAUGCCAAGUAAAUAAUUUUCUUUUUUCUAUAUACUAUCACCAUAAAAAAUUGUGAUGUACUUUUGCAUUAUAUAUGGUUAACUUUGUGGUUUGCAGUUAUUGUGCAGUAAUAGCAAAGAGCAUCUCUUAAUGGGGGAAAAAACUCAUUUUCCAUCCCGGUCAUUUUGCUUUUCAUCUCAUGUGAAGAUCAAAUAUUCAUAAAAGAUCUCCAGUUUUUUUUUUUCCAGGUAAUUUAAUGGAUGCUUAUGACUGUGUGUACAAGUGUUGACGUUUUCUAACUUUGUUAAUGUGUUAAAAAAACUAGUCGUGGGGAAGUUCUUAUAAGAUCUUGUUUACAUAAAAAUGUGAAUGUGUAAUCCUAGUCCUGCAUUAAAUUUUUAUAGCACAAUGGAUACAUAAAUGUAAGAAUUAGGAACGUUAAUUCACAUAAAUGUAUUAACAUGUUAUAAAUAACGAUAUAAUCAAUUUUAUAGGCUAUUUUUGUCAGUUGAAUGAAAUUAAAUUUUUAAUUAACACAUACAAUGUAUCAUCAAAAUUAAAAAUCGGUUUUGCCACUUUUCUAUAUUCCUGAAUGAGCUCCAAAAUUAUAUUACUGAGAAAUAACUUCAGACUAAUUAAAAUUUAUAGCAAUAAUUUAGUGCAUUUUUUGUAAAAAUGACACGCAUUUGUUUUAACGUCCAGAGUUAAUUUUGAGAGAAUAAAUUAAACCCUAAAAUUGUUGGUGCUUCGAUAAGAAUCUAGUAUUCUUUAAGCACGAAUUUAUUUACUUAUUUUCUAGUGUAAGUGCCCUUAUUAUUGUCAUGCUACUUCUCAGGAAUGCUGUAGCUUUCUUUCCUCUGUAUAUAAAAUGUCAACACUGUGAUUCUAUCAGAGCUCAAUGUUUCCUAGACGUCAAAUGCUGCUAUCGAAUUAAAUCGUCGGGCUUAAAUGGCAUCACUCUGUAAUCUUCAUUUUAUAUGAAUUGCAGUUUAAAUUUUUCACUUGCUUUUUGAUGUGAUAGUUUUUUUCCCUUCUCCUUUUUUAUUUUUCACAUUAUAACUACAAGCUGGUUCUUGUUAAAGACAUGCUCCUGCAGUAUCAUAUAUAAUUUUUUUAAUUUAUUUUACUGAAUGAUUUUACAGACCAUUAAAUAAAAGAAAUCCAGCUAUUUUAUAAAUUUUACUGUUCUUGUGCGGUAAGAUCAUAUAAUACAUGUUUUGUUUAUUUGAAUUUUUAAAACAAAAAUCCUAAUUUUUAUUAGAACAAAUAGCCUAAGAUUUACUAGAAUUUGCACAAUUUUUCAUUUGCAGUUUUAUUAAUUAGUUUAUUAGAAAAUGUUAUAUAAGUUGUCACUUAAUUUUAAAUGCAUUUUUUAUUGUGGUGCCAUACAUGAUUUUUAAGAUAAUAUGUGACAUCUAUUCACUUUUUACUUGUUAAAUACUGCAUAUUUGUAAUUAUUUUAUAUCUGCUGCAUUACAAAACAUUAAUACACAAAUAUCAAUUUUGUAUUAUAGUUUAAAUUCCAUGUUUUCUUUGUUGAAAUUAAUUGUGCGUAAGAGCUGUGUGUGUAUGCACAUGCACACACACUUCCAUGUAAACAAUUAUCAGGUUUCUUUUUUUUUUAUCUGAUAAUGUAGAAAUGUAUAUGCAGCUUUUUAUUUGUACAUGAAGAUUGUUUAAACUGCUUAAUGCCUGUACGGAUGUUGAUCAUUCCUGAUUUGUAUAUAUAAUAAUUAUCAGGAUCUUGAUAAUUAUCUUGCCAUAGUGAUAAUGUGAAUUAGUUAAUUUUUAUGAAAUAUUAUUGAUUUUGCAAUAAAAUUUGCUAGAAUGUU